GGGGAGUGAGAGAGAGAGAUUGAGGGCUACCUGGCUGGAACUACUUACUACCACCAACGAACAAAACAAUAUAUGUAUGUAUAUAUAUAUAUAUGGUAUGGUAUGACCGUUUCUCACACGCGCAUUUUCUCAACUUCUUCUUCAAGAUAUAAAAUCCAACACGAAACAAACUCAAUUUACAACAAAACUUAUUAUAAUAUACUUCAACUCCCCCAGUAUAUAUAUGUUCCGGUCACUUCCUUCUUAAUCGGUUGAGCUUCAGAUAGUAAGUGCUUGUGAAUCAAACAGACAUGAGUUGUAGCUGCUUUGGUUCAUCGCGUGUACAAAAGAAACCGACAAGCCCUCACAGGGAGCUCGAAGGCUAUUCUCUUGAUAAUAUAAGGAAAUUUUCAUAUAAGGAUUUGAGAAUAGCAACAUAUAACUUUGAUCGAAGUACCAAGAUAGGACGGGGAGGUUUUGGAGUGGUUUACAAGGGAAUCCUCAAGGAUGGAUCACAAGUAGCUGUAAAGGCUCUUUGUGCUGAAUCAAAGCAAGGGGAUCGUGAAUUUCUAACUGAGAUCAAUACGAUAUCAAAUGUCAGGCACCAAAACCUUGUUGAGUUGAUUGGAUGUUGCAUAGAAGGAACUCAUCGUAUUUUAGUAUACGAGUUCCUGGAGAAUAACAGCCUUGACCAUGCACUAUUAGGUAAAAAAAGCCAUACCAUAGAGCUUGAUUGGAAACGGAGAUCUAAGAUUUGCAUUGGUACAGCACGUGGUCUUGCUUAUCUUCACGAAGAACUUGAGCCACAUAUUGUGCAUAGAGACAUAAAAGCUAGUAAUAUACUUCUAGGCGAGGGCUUCAUACCAAAAAUUGGAGAUUUUGGAUUGGCUAAACUUUUCCCAGAUAGCAUCACUCACAUAAGCACAAAACUAGCAGGAACAACCGGUUAUUUGGCCCCUGAAUAUGUAUUGGGCGGACAGUUGACACUAAAGGCUGACGUUUAUAGCUUUGGGGUUCUCAUUCUUGAGAUAGUAAGUGGCAGGAGCAGUUCAAUAUCAAGCUGGGGUACAACACAGAAAGUUCUGCUAGAACGGGCAUGGGAGCUUUACGAGGAGGGGAAACUCCUAGAACUCGUGGAUCCUGACCUUAAAACAUACCCUGAGGAGGAAGUCUUAAAGUAUAUAAAAGUAGCCUUUUUCUGCACGCAAGCAACCGCGAAUCGUAGGCCUAUGAUGAGCCAAGUUGUCGACAUGCUCUCAAGAAAUAUUCGGCUCAAUGAAAAAGAACUUACACCUCCGGGAUUUUUCCAAGAGUCUAACGAUAACAAAAAGGUAUCUGAAGCUUCCACGAGUCGCCAAAUUAGUUCUUAUCCUACCACCAUUACACAAGUAACCCCUCGAUGAAGUCAACAUUAUGGUUGAUGGAAAUUCUGUUAGGGAUACUAGAAUUGCAUGGAGAACUAAAGAUGAUCCUUGCAUUGGUUCUGCAUUCAUCUAAGGGCGAUGCUAGCUUUUUAUGAUAUUUUGUGUAUUCCUUAUAGUAACAAGGUAGUAGUUGGCACCAUUUAUCAGCCAAAAUUUAUAUAGAAGGUAGAUAAGGUGGGUUAACUGUCUUACCCGUCAUUUGUUCGGCUUAUUUUGUGGUGUUAUGGCUUUCUUCUCGCAACUAAGGCUCUCUUCCUGCCAUCAAAGAAAGAGGAUUGUUGUCGAUGGUAGGUUUUGGCGGUUGGCAUAGAGGAUAAACCAUUAAAAGCUAUUUAAUUAUGGGAAGUGAUAUUCGUACCACUUCUUUUGAUGGAUA